AAAUGGGACUGCGAGCUUAAUUGAUUAAUUGCUCUUUCCCGCCCGAGCCCCAUUCCCAGACUGAGUAUCUGACCCACGCAAUCAUGAUUCACAGUCCUAUGGCUGCUCUCGCGGCAACGCUUCUGCUUGCCGCACCCGCAACUGCAAGCUACGCCUUCUACGUGGGCAAGAACCUUACAGCCGACGGCAGCGUCAUGGUCGGCGGCACUGGAGAGGAGGUAUCCAGCCACUGGCUGCAGCUCUUCCCGGCCCGCGACCAUGCCGCCAACGCCACCAUCACCGUCGGCGUCACCGAGGACGCAGACAUGCCCGGGGAGCUGAUGCAGAUCCCGCAGGUCAACCACACCUUCCGCUACCUCAGCAUGGAGUAUUCCGACUACGAGGGCUUCCCCGCCCCGCUGACCAACGGCGGCCUGAACGAGAAGGGCGUGGCCGUCCGCGACGUCUGGGCCGAUAACCGCCAGGAGUUGAUCGACAUGACGCCGAAUCCACAACACGGCCUGCAGUACAGCGACCUGGCACGAGUGGUGCUGGAGAGGGCGAGCACGGCGCGGGAGGGUGUCGAGAUCAUUGGGGAUAUGAUCGCCAAGUACGGCGAGUCGACAUACGGCGGCAACUCCCACCUCAUCGCCGACAAGGACGAGGGCUGGAUGGUAUGGGAGAUGGCCGGUGGCGCAGGCUUGUGGGCUGCGCAACGGCUGGGGCCGAACGAGGUGAAGGUCUUAUAUCCGGGCUACAUCGAGACCUUCCCCGUCAACUUCACCGGCAAUCCAGACUUCAUGGGUUCGGAUAACAUCGUGUCGUUCGCCGUCAACCAAGGAUGGUGGAGCCCCGACUGCGGCAAGGCCUUCAACAUCUUCAAUGUGUACGGGCCCCAGGAUCCGAGAUACAAGGCCCGCGACGGCGGAUACAAGUACAUGUCGCAGGCUGCGCUGGAGAACGCCACCCUCGCCAUGGUACCCGUCACGGAGGAGGAUCUGAUGGAGCGGGUUCGCGACCACCGAAUCGCCGAUGACGAGGCCGGCUAUGGCCAGGUGGUCAGUCUCCGUCCGGGAGUCGACCGCGACAUGCUCCGCAUCUGGAUCGCCCCGACCGGCUCGGUUGCCGCGCCGUUUGUGCCGUGGUGGCUUGGUGUCCAGUCCGUUCCGCCCGAGUUCGGAGAGCGCCGCUACCUGACAACGGGGGCAUCGAGCAGCUUUCUGAGCCCUGACUAUCAAUACCAGGAAGCGUCUAUCUUUGCCGGCCGCAUCUUCAAACGGGUCCUGUACUAUAUGUGCUCCGCCCCCGACACAUAUCUUCCCAUUGUCACUGAUAUACUCACGGGCUUCGAGAACCACUCGCGCACCCAAGUCGGGGAGUGGGUCGAGAAGAGCGCCCAGUUGCUGAUUGAGCGUUCCGAGCGGGAGGCGGCCCAGAAGUUCCUGACCUAUUACUCGCACUCGCGGGCAGCCGAGGCACUGCAAAUGGGGCGCACCAUGACCGACGCACUGGACGGUUACAUCAAGUUGAUAGGGCAGUGGAGAGACCCGACUGGGAGUGAGAUUAAUGACGCCGGAGAGGGUGCCGAGACGGUCAACUGCUUGGUCGGCUUUGAUCCCGAUCAGCCAGCCGACCUACAACGCCCUUCCCGCAGACGCAGGAUGCAGAAGCCCUGA